CGAUAAUUCACUGCUCAUUCUGCUUCCCCUGUUGUAGCACACUGUUGCAAAGCCUGUGUCAUUCAAUUGUUUUGAUCAGAUAUAUUGUGAGUGAAAUGGCUGCAUUGAUCAGGAGGAUUAUCAGCACAACUAAAGCUCCUGCUGCUAUUGGCCCGUACAGCCAGGCAGUGGUGGUAGAUCGGACCAUGUACAUCUCAGGACAGCUGGGGAUGGAUCCUGCCAAUGGGCAGUUGGUGGAGGGUGGCGUCCAGGAGCAAACUAAACAGGCUCUUGUGAAUAUGGGUGAAAUCCUUAAAGCAGCUGGGUGUGGUUAUGAGAACGUUGUGAAAACCACAGUGCUGUUAGCCGACAUGAACGACUUCAACAAUGUCAACGAUGUGUACAAGCAAUUCUUCAGCACCAACUUCCCAGCCAGAGCUGCCUACCAGGUUGCUGCUCUUCCCAGAGGUGGACUGGUUGAGAUUGAGGCAAUUGCUGUUUUGGGCCCUGUGACCAAUGCGUCCUAAUAAGAACAUCUAUCAAACAAUAAAACAUCUGAAAACGCAUUAUCACUGAAAAAUAUGUGCCUUGAUUUGUGGACCAAGCAAGCAUUGAUUUUAAAAAACACAAUAAACUCCUGUAUAGAAGUAAUCAUUUUUAUUAUCGAUUUCUCACCUUUUUCUAAAGCAUCUAGUGAUUUUUAGUGCUGUCAAACAUGUUGAUAGGUCACUGUGCAGAUAAACAGCAGUCAGGCUCUGGUCACUUUCUCCUCCUUUAUUAACAUUGAUGAGACACGUUUGGAGACAACACUGCAUUUGAAAUUCCCUCUACUCACAUUUCGCUAGCUGAAAAGUAUCUAAGCUUGUUUGCUGUAUUGAAUUACGCUACCACUCUAUGUUGUCAUCAGCCGUACCCAUGACAGCUGAUCCUCUCUCAUUAUGCCAGAUGAUGAAUGAUCAAAUAAAACUCAAUAAUAAAUGUUCUAAUUUACUUAAAUGGUGACUUGUGUCCUUGAUUCCCAAUAAAGCUAUUUGUAGAUGAA